AUGCCUCAGCCAAUCCCCAAGUCGGACAGCUUAAUCGACCUCUUCAGUCUGAAGGGCAAGGUCAUCGUUAUUACCGGUGCCUCCGGCCCUCGAGGAAUGGGCAUUGAGGCCGCUCGUGGUUGCGCUGAGAUGGGCGCUGAACUUGCUAUCACAUAUUCCUCACGCAAGGAGGGAGCUGACAAGAAUGUGGAGGAGUUAAGCAAGACCUAUGGCGUCAAGGUCAAGGCUUACAAGUGUGACAUAGCUGAGUUCGCCAAUUGCGAGCAGCUCGUCCGUGACGUCGUGAAGGACUUCGGCCAUAUUGACGGCUUUAUCGCCAAUGCUGGUGCUACUGCUGAUGGCGGCGUGAUUGAUGCCUCGAGAGAGGAUUGGGACAAGGUCAUUCAGGUCGACCUAAACGGUACGGCAUACUGCGCUAAGGCAGUCGGUCCUCACUUCAAAAAACAGGGCCACGGCUCCUUCAUCAUCACCGCUUCCAUGUCCGGCCACGUCGCCAACUUCCCGCAGGAGCAAACCUCCUAUAACGUCGCCAAGGCCGGCUGCAUCCACAUGGCCCGGUCCCUGGCUAAUGAAUGGCGCGACUUCGCUCGGGUCAACUCCAUCUCGCCCGGGUACAUCGAUACCGGCCUAUCGGACUUCAUCGAGAAGAAGACGCAGGACUUGUGGUACUCCAUGGUUCCCAUGGGCCGUCCCGGCCUGGCAAAGGAGUUGAAGGCGGCCUAUGUGUACUUGAUUAGCGACGCUAGCACGUACACGACCGGCGCUGAUAUUGUUAUUGAUGGCGGAUACACUUGCCGAUAA